AUGACACAGUGGAUGCUGCACAGAAUCACUUCUACAGCAUCAGCAGGCAGCGAACCUCCAUCCUCCUCAUUAUCCCUCUCUCUUUCUCUCUUUUUUCUCCUCAUUUGCCUUUCCUCCUCUCACCACCACCCUUGCUCUCUCUUUUCUCUUCCUUCUCCUCCUCCUCGGACAGACACACAGGCCUGCUCAGGCACUCUGCAGCAGAGGACACACACGCAUGCCAGCAGGAAUAGCAGCAGCAGCAGCAGCAGGCAGACUGGCUUUCUCUCCUCCUCUCACUACCUCACAUCUUCUACCUCACCACUUUCAUCUUUCCUGUCUUUCCAAUAUUUUCUCGUCCUCUCACUCCUUUUCUUCUUUCUUAAAACCCGUCUUUCUCCUCCCUCUCCAAAUCUCAUCUCCAUCUCCGCUUCUCACCUCUUCUGCUUCCGGCUGGCUGGUUUUGCAGGAUGCCUUGUUCCAGGCCACUCCGCUAGGCCCCAGCAGCAUGGGCGCAGCCUGGGCAGGGAGAGAGAGCACGGAUCGGACCCUUCCCCUCAGGACGGGUGCGCUGGCGGGUCACCCUACCUCAGCUUCAGAUGGGCGAGGACGCUGAGAGCCCCAAAAUCAACCACACCUUCCUGCGAGACUACGUCACAGAAGCUGAUGUCAUCUCUACAGUGGAGUUCAACCAGACAGGGGACCUGCUGGCCACUGGGGAUAAAGGUGGCCGAGUGGUCAUCUUUCAGAGAGAGACAGAUUCUAAAGGGGAGUCCGAGGAGGUGGGGGAGACAGGGGACUCUGGGGAAUACAAUGUCUACAGCACAUUCCAGAGCCACGAGCCGGACUUUGACUACCUGAAGAGUCUGGAGAUUGAAGAGAAAAUCAACAAGAUCAGAUGGCUGCCACAGCAGAAUGCAGCACAUUUCCUCCUCUCCACCAAUGAUAAGACCAUUAAACUGUGGAAGGUGAGUGAGAGAGACAAGAGACCAGAGGGAUACAAUCUGAAAGAUGAGGAGGGACGGCUCAAGGACAUCUCCACCAUCACCUCUCUGCAGGUGCCGGUGCUGAGACCCACAGAUCUGAUGGUGGAGGUUCGUCCCAGACGUGUGUUCUCAAACGGACAUACCUACCAUGUCAACUCCAUCUCGGUCAACAGCGACGGGGAGACCUACCUGUCUGCUGAUGACCUCCGCAUCAAUAUGUGGAACCUGGGCAUCACAGACCGCAGUUUCAAUAUUGUUGACAUAAAACCAGCCAACAUGGAGGAUCUGACGGAGGUGAUAACGGCAGCGGAGUUCCACCCCCACCACUGCCACCUGUUUGUGUACAGCAGCAGCAAGGGGACCCUGCGCCUCUGUGACAUGAGAUCUUCCGCUCUCUGUGACAGACACACCAAAUUGUUCGAGGAACCUGAGGAUCCCGGGAGUCGGUCCUUCUUCUCUGAGAUUAUUUCCUCUGUGUCGGACGUCAAGUUCAGCCACAGUGGACGUUACCUGCUGACCAGAGACUACCUCACCGCCAAGGUGUGGGACCUGAACAUGGACAAGGGGCCUGUGGAGACAUACCAGGUCCAUGAAUACCUGAGGAGUAAGCUGUGUUCCCUCUAUGAAAACGACUGCAUCUUCGACAAGUUUGAGUGUGUUUGGAACAGCUCAGACAGCGUGAUCAUGACAGGGGCGUACAACAGCUUCUUCCGGAUGUUUGACAGGGAGACGGGGCGAGGCGUAACCCUGGAGGCUUGGCGAGAAAGUAGCAAACCUCGGGCAGUGCUGCGGACCAGACGUGUGUAUAGCGGCGGUAAGCGUCGCCGCGGAGAUGUCGGCGUUGAUAGCCUGGACUUUACCAAGAAAAUCCUGCACAUGGCUUGGCACCCAUCUGAGAACAUCAUUGCCAUAGCAGCCACCAAUAACCUGUACAUCUUCCAGGACCGUGUCAACCCUGAGACGCAGUUACAGUGACAGAGAUGGGAUUAUGGACAAUUACAGACACAAAGAAGUACAAACAGUGACCCAAAUAUAUUUGGAUGUUUUACUGACGACGUUGGAAGUGGACACCCUCUAUAAGAUGAUUAAGUAAAAAGAAAGCUGUUUCACAUCCGGAGAUGCAACAUCUGUUUGUGUUGUAAGGUCGGAAAAAUAAUAUAAUCACAAGACUGUUAGUGUAUUUGUUCAACACUGAGAUAAGUUGACGACUCCAGAACCCAUCAGGACAUGUUUUUGGUUCCACUUCUCCCAUUUUUAGAUCUGCUCCACUGUAGGGGCACUAAAAGAGGUGCGGGGACACCUCUCCAUCUGUAAUGACUCCGUGCUGUUGACCACACAAUGUUGCACUCCUCACUGAUGUGCUCUGGUAUCUUUGGACACCAUAUAUAAAGUAGGAGAAUGGUAGUAACAGAGAGGGAAUGAGAUGACGGAUUCACAAUUAUUUUGCCAGACAUUUAACUGAGUGAUUUUAUUAUACAGCUCUUCACAACAACAUCCUGAACCCCUUCUUUUCUCUCUAUCGGGUGACAACAGCAACCGAACCUCUCCUUUUAGAGCAGUGCUCUUGGAGAUAUAAUUCAUAAAUACCCCAUAAUUUUUGCCAUAUCCACUUUGCAAUAAUAGCACUAACGAAAACACAGUGCAGCAGUAUUCCUGCUUUAAGAUAUUGGCUCUUCUUCUACAGGUAUACACUAUAUUUACUCUUAGCUGUAAAUAUUCAAUGUUCUUUUUUUAAGGUGGAACCAAUUUUGGAUCCAGACAGCUAAAGGAUGCAUUUUUUGUCUAGUUAGUACACUGCAUAUAAACCAGGGAUCUAAUGUAUAGAAGGAUUGCAGAGUUUCACUAUUUCUGUUAAAGACUCGAUGAAGGGGCUUCUUUUUGUAGCAGUACAUAGACAGGUAUUUCUGGCUCUGGCCAGCUAGGGUUGAAUUGUGCACAAACCAACAUUCACAGUUUUGUUGUGUAUAUAAAGCCCAUGUUAGUUUUGAUUAACGUCCCAUUCUUGCCUACACACCUGUGCUGUAAAUUACAGAAAAUGAGAGCGACAGUGUGUGUGUCGAAGUGAGUCUGAUUUGUGAUUCCUUCUAAAAUAGACAAUUAUUGAAUUUAUGCUGAGUGUUAUGCUCAUUUAAAAUGGGCAUCAGCAGAUUUGGAAGAGGUCUCUUGGAAUCAAAGAAAGGUUGGAAUCAAGGCAUUUGUUUUAGAUGAGGCUCCUGAUUGAACUAAUCAACGUUUUGAUGAGGGAGUUUGUGUCCAGUGUAUUUGAAGGUCAAAGGUUAUCAUCAGUGCAAUAGGUUAUUAUGUACAUUGCGAAAAAUUACUUUAGCAUUCAAACCAUGUCUUGUGAAAUGAUCAUGUAACAAAUUGGUAAUGUUAUUAUAGCAUAUACCUCACAGUGCCACAUGCAACUCUGAAGAGGAUAGCUUAGGAUGUAAAGCAUUAAGGCGAUGUCUGUGUUGGACUAAAUUCUGUGACUUGGUCAAUAUUUGAUUGUUUACAGUGAAGUGCAUUGUUCUCAAGUGGCCUUGGCCCAGGGGGAAUUAGAAAAUCAGUGCAGAUGUGAAGGUUGCACUUUCCAGUACUGAUGAAUAAACCACAGUUUCAAGGUGUAAACCUUAGUCCCAGAGAAAAGAAGGAAAGUGUCAGUAUGUUUUACUUGUUUGCGCUCUCCUCACUACUCUCCUCCUUUUGUUUCAAAGUCCCAGAUAUUUAUGUUCUGCUGCUAUGUUUUGGUCUUCACUGUCCUCCAGUGUUGUUGAAUGCAGAAGCGGUCUUGCUCUGAUUGGUUUAACAAAGUGUAAAACACAACAAAAUCCACAAUGACACGACAGGCCACCUGAGGCAUUAUACUAGGUCCAACUCUCAGUCCUCCUAUGGUGAGCGGUAGUUUAGAGCAAGUCAGCUGUAAUCACAUCAGAACCAUCAUCACCACAUGCAAUCUGUGAAAGGGUUUGUGUUCAGGAGCACAGCAGCUGCAUGUUGCCAUUACUCAAUGCUACUAGCGUGUAUAUCUAUCAUAAUUUUAAAAAGAAAAGUCUAACAUGAAAAAAACACAACUCAAAUGAGGUGAAUGAAAGGAAUGUGCAUUAAUAAAAUAACAUGAAAUCUGACAAAGUAAUGUAUUGGAUCGUUUUAUGUCUUUGUGUAUAUAUUCAUUGGACAUUUUAUUUUUUCAUCAAUGAAAUACUUUCAGACUAUGAACCUGAAAAAAGCAUCCGUGUGGAAGUUUUGUUUGAAAGACAAGCACUUUAUUACUCAUUGCACGCUCCCAUAAGCUCCAUUACUGAAUAAAGAAGGCACUCAUUCACAGUA